CUCUGACACCAUCACCCAAACCCCAUUCCUCUUCUACUACUUUUCUCUUCUUCUUCCUCUUCCUCUUCCUCAACUUAUCUCAGUUAUUUUACCAUAGUUACUGUGUAUAUGUAUGUAAUCUCAGCUGUACGGACGAAUGUGUUUUCUUUCUGAAGCUCUCUGAAUAUACUGUAUUCCGUAUCGUCCUCUUCUCUGGAACUAGCUUCUCAAAUUGAGGGACCAGGUGGUUGGUAUAUUUAAUAUCACCUGAUUAAGAAGGAAACACUGGUUUUUUUAGCAAUAAAGAAGGAAAACAAAAAUUAGAUUUUGUUUUCUCUAAAGGAACUUCAAAAGAAGAGAAGAAGUUAGGAUGAUGCUGAUGAGAAGAAGAUUGGCUUGCUGCAGCAGAGAGAGGGAGAUUAGCAUGGAUUUCGAUGAGCAAGAUAGAAUGAUUACAUACGACGGCUUGGAAACCUGUAUUAUCAACAAUCAAUCAUAUGAAGAAGAAAGUGGAACAAGUCGAGGAGAUGGAUGCCUUACAGAUUCGUUGGACGAUGAUGCGUUUUCAAGCUGUUCAUCAAGCAAAGACGCAUCAAGCUCUUUCUCUUCGAAAUGGUUACCGACGAAGAACGAUGAACACAGCUGCGAUGAUUCGAGCUUAUCUGGAAGGUCAAAACAUUUCGAUGCUAAGGAGAAACCAGGCUACGUCUACUGCCAUUUGGAUGUUGAAGCCAUGAAGGAGAAGUUUUCUAAGCUUUUGCUCGGAGAAGAUGUCACAGGGGGAUGCAAGGGUAUACAAGUAGCUUUGGCUUUGUCAAAUGCUGUCACACAUCUUGCUAACUCGAUAUUUGGCGAGCUGUGGAAGUUAGAACCAUUGUGCGAGGAGAAGAAACAGAAAUGGAGAAGAGAAAUGGAUUGGCUACUUUCUCCAACUAACUACAUGAUUGAGUUAGUCCCUUCUAAGCAAAAUGAUGCUAAUGGAAGAUCACUUGAGAUAAUGACUCCGAAAGCUCGUGCAGAUAUUCAUAUGAAUCUCCCAGCUCUACAGAAACUGGACUCUAUGCUUAUUGAGACACUGGACUCAAUGGUGAACACAGAGUUUUGGUAUUCAGAAACUGGUAGUAGAGCUGAAGGGACGAACAAGACUACAAGCGAGAGCAAGAGAUGGUGGCUUCCAUCGCCACAAGUGCCUAAACCUGGCCUCUCUAACUCAGGAAGGAAGAAACUGCUCGACAUAGGAAAAGUUGUUUAUCAAGUCUUCAAAGCUACAAAAGCCAUUAACGAAAACGUUCUUCUUGAAAUGCCAGUUCCUGCCAUUAUCAAAGAAGCAAUACCCAAAUUUGGAAAGAACAGCCUCGGUGAUGAACUGUACAAGAUGUUGGCUGAUGAAUCCGCAACAGUAGAUGAAAUCUUCAUAUCUCUGAAGCUGGGGACAGAACAUUCUGCGCUAGAGACAGUUAACAAGCUAGAAGCUGCUAUGUUCGCGUGGAAGGAAAAGAUUACAGAGCAAGCAAGCAACAGUAGAUCCCCUGUAAGAACACCGUGGUCAUUUUCUAAAGAUCCAUUGUCUGAAAUUGGUCGAAACGAGCCGCUCUUGAACCGAGCUGAAGCGCUUAGAAACCAGAUCAAAUCCAAAUACCCUAAUCUCCCUCAGUCGUUUAUCGAUGCCACGAAGAUUCAGUACGGCAAGGACAUUGGUCAUGCGGUUCUUGAGGCAUAUUCAAGAACACUGGCGAAUCUGGCGUUCAGGAUUCUUUCAAGAAUGGGAGAAAUCUUGAAAGAAGAUUCUUUAAGUAACCCUAACUCUCCUGCGCCGCCGAGUUGCUUCCCUAGCUCACGUGAUCUUUAUAGAACACCUGAGAGGCCUUUGCUUUCGUCACGUGUAAGGCAUUCUCUCACAGAUGACAUGAACAAAGCCGAUGGGACGGAGACCGGUUUAGAGUUUUUGUUCGCAGAUGGUAAGGCCGGUUCGGUGAAUACAACUCCAAGUAGAAGCAGUAGAUUGUGGUGUAUGAGUAAUAAAGUGCCGCCUGAUGGUUCUCCUUGAUUUAGAGGGCUUUGCUUAGUUCGAUUUCGAUGCGUGCCACCUGAAGCUUCUCCUUUGUUAUUUAUUUUAGAGGGUUUUAAAUUAUGGAGCCUGAGUUAUUGUAAAUGUAUCAUCAACGUGCACUUAAAGUCUGAAUGACUACAUGCAAUUUUGUUCAUAACUUUCACGAUGAUCAAAGAUGUGUUUAUUCAGAAUUUUUUUUAGUACUUCAGCAAACAAGCUUUACAA